AUGAGUGACAACAGCUGGAUAGUUGAGCCGCAUGAAAAAAUUAGGAGAUGGAUAAUUGAACUGGAUCACAGAGUUAUGCAUGAAGUUGAUAUUUAUUCGGAGAAUGAACGGUGGAAGCGGCUGUCUGUUUAUCGAUUGCCAGCCUCCAUUAUUAAGCUGAACAGGAACGCUUACACACCUCAAGUUGUUUCUUUUGGCCCUUGUUACCAUGGCCAUGCUAAUUUAAAGCCAAUGGAAGAACACAAGGACAGAGCUCUUCUUCACUUCCUCAGGAGAUUCCGGAAACCUAUUAUGGUUUAUAUUGAAUGCUUAAAUAUAGUAGUAGAUGAUCUACGGGCUGCAUAUCAAUCAUUGGAUAAUCAUUGGCGUGAAGAUACAGAAAGCAAUCAUGGAAUCGUCUACGUCAUGCCAGAUAUUAUGCGUGACAUGCUCAUGAUUGAAAAUCAGCUGCCCAUGCUGGUUCUUCAUCGGCUUGUUGCAGCUGAAGGUGCCUCUAAUACUCAGGCAGAGGAUUAUGUCAACAAGCUGUUGUUUCGCCUCUACAAUCUCGACAGUUACAGUCGCCACAAAUCCAUAGACAAAUCCUUGCAUGUAUUAGAUAUUUGUCACAGGGUUUUGCUCUUGCCUUCCGAUGCCAGUCAUCUACGUGGAAAAAUAUGGCCAAGUUGGGUUCUUGAGAAGACAAUUCCAUCUGCAACAGAGCUUCACGAAGCAGGAAUCCAAAUUCAAAGAAGCAGAAGUACAAGUCUCCAGGACAUAAGAUUCUACAAGGGUGUUUUCUGCGUCACCCUCAAGAUUCCUGUAAUUGUUGUGGAUAAUAUUACUGAAACAUUCUUUCUCAACCUAUUGGCUUUCGAGCGUUUACACGUCGGGGCAGGCAGAGAAGUGACUAACUAUCUUGCUUUCAUGAACAAUAUCAUCCGAGAUUCCAAGGACAUUAGUCUCCUUCGCUCUUGUGGGAUCAUCCAAAAUUCUCUUGGUAAGGAUGAAGUUGUUGCUGAUUUAUUCAACUCACUAACCAGAGAUAAUAGCUCAGUUUACGUGGUCGAAAAGAAGGUUAUCAAAUACUGCAGUAGACCUUGGGUUCGUUGGAGAGCCAAUCUUGUUAGGACUUACUUUAAGAAUCCAUGGGCAAGUAUAUCUGUAAUAGGUUCAAUGUUUCUUUUUGCCUUCACCUUUGCCCAGACUGGUUAUACCGUAAUUGCUUACUAUCGGAGGCCUUAG